GAACCAUGUCUGGGCGUGGUAAGCAGGGCGGCAAGGCUCGCGCUAAGGCCAAGACUCGCUCUUCUCGGGCAGGGCUCCAGUUUCCAGUGGGCCGUGUGCAUCGCCUGCUCCGCAAGGGGAACUACUCUGAGCGCGUGGGCGCUGGCGCUCCAGUGUACCUGGCGGCGGUUUUGGAGUACCUGACAGCCGAAAUCCUGGAGUUGGCCGGCAAUGCAGCCCGCGACAACAAGAAGACUCGUAUCAUCCCUCGCCACUUGCAGCUAGCCAUCCGCAACGACGAGGAACUCAACAAGCUGCUUGGCAAGGUUACCAUCGCCCAGGGAGGAGUCCUGCCUAACAUCCAGGCUGUGCUGCUACCCAAGAAAACCGAGAGCCACCACAAGGCCAAGGGCAAGUAAAUUAAACCAGCAUUACUUUAGAGCAACUGAAAUCUCCCAUCCAAGCCAAAGGCUCUUUUCAGA